AUGGGUCCGAUGAACCCGAAAUCAAAGGGUGGUGCCCUUUAUGUCCUCACAUUUAUCGACGACUAUAGCCGAUUCGUCUAUGUGUACUUACUCGCUGCGAAGUCACAAGUGUUUGAACGUUUUCAGGACUUUCGCGUGAUGGUGGAGACACAAACGGAUCGCAAGAUCAAGUGCAUCAGAAGUGACAAUGGUGGUGAGUUUACAAGUUACCGGUUCAACAAGUACUGUGUGAAUCAUGGUAUCAUACACCAAACAAGCGUGCCAUAUACUCCACAGCAAAAUGGAUUGGCUGAGAGAAUGAAUAGAACGCUUGCUGAAAUGGCACGUUCGAUGUUGAGCCAUAUGGAGGUGGAUAGAAUGUGGUGGGGUGAAGCUGUUAUGACGGCUGCGCACACACUAAACCGAAUUCCGAGCACAGCGCGUCCCAACAAGAGUCCAUUUAAAGUGAUGAACGGUUCGAAACCUAACUUAAGUUACUUUCGUGUACUUGGAUCUACUGGUUAUACACGAGUAGCGGAUUGCAAGCGGACCAAAUGGGACAACAAGGCUAACAAGUGCAUUUUUCUGGGUUACUCGGAGACAUCAAAGGCGUACCGUGUGUGGGAUGUGGAUCGAGAACAGUUGGUAGUGACUCGUUCUGUCACACUGGACGAAAGGCCUCCUUCACGAUACAAGAAUAUUGUUGUGAGUGAAAGUUGUGUCAAAAUCACACAACAGCACGAUGAUAGAGACGAAAAUGCGGUAAAUGUACCCAUUUCAGCGGAUUCUCAUGAUGCGGAAGACAUGGAAGUUGAUGGAGCAGAUGAUGUUGACCCUAGCUGGGAAGACAUGGUUGUGGAUGCCUAUGGCGAGGACAACAGGUCGGAAAAUUUGGAGAUUGUUCCGAUUGAAGGGGAGCGUACAGAUGAGCGGACAGGUGAAACAAUUAGAGAAUUGCGCACACUAAGUGGAGGCGUUGAUGAGAAGGGUCAUCAGCGCACGCACAUGCUACAAGACAUUUGCGAUUGCUCAAAUGCAAUUGUACCGCGUGAGGAGCAGUACAACCAGGAGGACAGACUUGAGGUAUACACUGGGUCGAGUAAAAGACGAUUAAGUGACGAUUCGUACCCUCGUUUGAUUGAAAGUGAUAAUUCUGGACAUGGUCGUGGAAAUUUACCACUCUUGACAGAUGGACCUGUAGCGGAUAAUGAGGAUGAUGCUGACGUAGUCGAGCCUGAAGCUAAACGUCAAUGUUUGAACGAUUACGAUAUUUCGCUUUCUGCCACUGUUGUACCCACGACUUACAACGAGGCAAUACAGUCAUCAGAGUCAAAGCAAUGGAAAGCAGCAAUUCUGACCGAGAUUCAAGCUCAUGAACGCAAUCACACAUGGGAUGUUGUUCGCCGUCCGUCUGGUGUCAAGGUUAUUGGAAACAAGUGGGAUUUUGGGCACAAAUUUUAUGAAAAUGGUAAAAUUUUUGCUGCAGUAUGA